GUUCUUUAUUUCCUGUGCAGGACAUGGAAAUGUGCGGGUGGCUCCUCUUUCCUUCCUCAGGUGAUUGAGAGGCCGAGGAACACAAUUCUGAUUUCAACAAUGCCGAGAAGCUGAGGCGAUUAAACCUGCUCGGUGUUGGGAAAGCUGCUCCUUUGGGAAAAGGGAUGUCAUGAAAUAACACACUGCAGUCAGCCUUGAGGUUAAGAGGAAACUUUUAAAAGAAAAAAAAAGAGUUUUUCCAGACUGAAGCUGAGGACUUGGGAAGAAUAUACAAAAUGUCUUCGGAAGGGAAAAAGCUUUUCAACAUCAUUAUUUUGGGAGUCUCAUUUAUGUUUAUAUUCACUGCUUUCCAGUCCUGUGGAAAUAUCGCGCAAACUGUUAUCACCAAUUUAAACAACACAGACUUUCAUGGCAGUGGCUACACGAGCAUGUCCAUUAUUUAUGGAGUACUGUCUGCAUCAAAUCUUAUAUCACCUUCGCUGGUUGCAAUAGUGGGACCUCAGUUCUCCAUGGUUGUUAGUGGUGUGUUUUAUAGCCUAUACAUUGCAGUCUUUAUCCAGCCAGCUACAUGGGCUUUCUACACUGCCUCUGUGCUUAUUGGCAUUGCAGCUGCUGUCCUCUGGACAGCCCAGGGAAAUUGCUUGACUGAAAAUUCUGAUGAAAACACCAUUGGAAGGAACAGUGGAAUAUUUUGGGCACUCCUACAGUUCAGCUUGAUUUUUGGAAAUCUGUAUAUAUACCUCGCUUGGCAAGGAAAAACUCACAUAUCAGAGAGCGAUCGCAGGACUGUCUUCAUUGCUCUGACUGUUAUCAGUCUUGUGGGCACAGUUCUGUUCUUUCUGAUUAGGAAAAAAGAGGACACAAAAGCUCCAGGGGAUGAUGAUUCCACUAAUGAAAUCCUGGGGGAGAGCUCGUCUGCAGGAAACAAAAUGAUGAGAGCAGUGGCUGCCUUCAAGAAAUCUAUUACACUGAGCUUCACCAAGGAGAUGCUGCUUCUCAGUGUUACCACAGCCUACACAGGUUUGGUGUUAACAUUCUUUUCUGGAGUGUAUGGAACGUGCAUUGGUGCUGUGAAUAGGUUUGGCAGUGAAGAGAAAAGCCUGAUUGGUCUCUCUGGUAUUUUUAUUGGUGUUGGAGAAAUCUUGGGGGGAGGAAUCUUUGGCUUGCUGAGCAAGAAGAUUCGCUCUGGCAGGAACCCAGUGGUGAUGCUGGGCAUCCUUGUCCACUUCAUAGCCUUUUAUUUAAUUUUUUUCAACAUGCCAAAUGAUGCCCCCAUUGCUCCUAUGGAAGGAACAGAUAAAGUUGCUUAUAUGAUUCCAAGCAAAGAAGUGGCCAUGCUCUGCAGCUUCCUGCUGGGGCUGGGGGACAGCUGCUUCAACACCCAGCUCCUCAGUAUUUUGGGAUUCCUGUACUCAGAGGACAGUGCUCCUGCCUUUGCCAUCUUUAAGUUUGUUCAGUCCAUCUGUGCUGCGGUUGCUUAUUUCUACAGCAACUAUUUCCUGCUGCAGUGGCAGCUGCUGAUCAUGGUGCUGGUGGGCUUCUUUGGGACAAUCACCUUCUUCACCGUGGAGUGGGGAGCAGCAGCAGCCCUUGCUGCCCGUGGCUCAGACUACAGCAGCAUCUGAUCCCCGUGCCAGGCCUGCCCUGCCAGGAGGAGCAGCACAAACACGGUUUUUGGGUGGGAAAAGGUGAAAGAGAUCGAGUUUCUGCAGAGGUUGAGAUGGAGGAAGCUGCUGCUUCAGUCCUGUUGAAUGUGAAGCAGGAGGGAAAAAAAAAAAGUCACGUUUGAAAGGCUUUUUUUUUCCUUGCUUUGAUCAUCUGAGCGUGGUAUUGUGUUGUUAAAAAUCUGGUAUUGGAAAUGGAAGGAAAUGUAGGGACCCAUGUAUUGAACAAUUCUCUUCUGAGAUGUCCCUUUCAGAAUGUAAUUGCCUAAUUUCACUCUACCAUGCACUACAGAAUUAGUUGGGGGUUUUGUCCCUUAAAUUAUUUUUCCUAUAUUCAAGUUCUGCAGACAUUUGAAUUCCUGUAUUGAAUGGAUGAUAUUUUUAUAAGGUAGAUUAUAUUGCAGAUCGUGUCUGCACAGCUGAGAAAUCAAUUUGGCAUUGAAUUUUUCAACAAUUAGAUGUGAGGAAGUAUUUCUGUGGGAAAUGUUGCCUUAUUCUGUAUCCCUCAGCUCCUUGUUUCCCAACCAUUUGUUUAUUAAUCUAUUUCAUGUGAUUAAGUUGUCAGAUCCAUGGGGUUUUUUUGUUUACUUGGGUUGGUUUUUUUGGGGUUUUUUUGGGCUUUUUUGAGUUUGGUGGUUUUAAUUUUUUUUUAUAAGGAAGUCCAUCAGGUUCUAGUGUGACAUGAUAGAUUCUACAAGAAUUUGAAGAAAUCACCCUUGGCCAUCUUAAGGAUGGAAUCCCAAGGCCUGUGAAAUAUUGAUGGUGGAAAACAGCUCCUGGCUCAGCAUCUCAGAGCUGAACUGUGUUGGGAAAGGUGCUGAACCUUCCUCAGGGUAGUGCUUUAUGAAGGACCAUAAUCCAUGGAGGACCACAAUCCAUGGCUUCCCUCCCAGAAUCCCAAGUAGUUCUUUUGAGUUCAGUGGCAUUUUCCUCAUAAAAUCAUGAAAAUCUGUGAUGGGAGCACUAAGAAAACUUUUAAAAAUAUAAAUAGUCUCAGGAUGUGAACUGUCAGAAUAAUAUUGCAGCGUUUCUUCUACUGCAUAACCUGAAACACUUGUCCUAAAUUGAUUUAUUCGGUCUGUUUUGGGAAAAUUGAACUGUAAUCUUACUCCACCAAAUAGGAAAGCAAGGUUACUGGCAUAUAACUAAAUUUUAAUCCAGAACUGUUAUAGAUGAUGUAGCAGGCAGUGACUGCAGCUCACCUUGACUUUAUCUGCUGACAUAAAACUCUGAAGUUGUUGCAGUUGUGUUUGUCUGGUGGGCAGAGAGCAGGCAUGGAACACUGAGAAGGUGAUUUUAGACACUCCAUGGAGCUGUUUUUAGAAAAUUACCGUUCACCAACCUUCUCUUCUGCCCAGUGAGAAUGUUAAUGUCUUCUCUUUGAAGACAAGCUAAAAAAGACUCAGCUGGUUACGUGUUGUGACCGUGUAGGAGCUCCCAAGGAUGACCCUGGGGAGGGAGGGUGGCAUCUCCUGUGACAUUUGCUGUCACUUCUGCUGUCCAGGAGCAGUGUCACAACUCCUGUGGAGCACAGCCCUCCUUCUGCACAGCCACACAGCCCAGGGGGACCUUUUUUAACAGGGAUAGAGAAAGGGAUUUUUAAAUUCACAGCAGGUUUUUUUGCUGUGAGAUCAGCAAGGUGUUAAUGGAGGGAUUGGAGGGCACCUGAGCAUCCAGCAGGCUGAGAAAUCUGUGAGGACAGCCAGGAGAGAGAGCUUUGUGUGUAUUCCCAGGAGAUUUAAUGAAUGAUGUAAAAGAAAAUGAGGCAGAACAUGUAUUUGAGUGAGGGGUUACCAGAGCCAUUCCAAUUUGUCAGGCAGCCUGAAAAAGCAUUCAGUGUUCAAUCAAUAUGUGAUUAAUGGGACCAGCAGCACUGCAAAGCCUCUCUCUCACCCACACCUGCAAUUUGAAGCAUAUGAUUUUUAUAUACUGAGCACUACAAAGGUGUGGAUUAAAGGAUGCUGCCAGUGAUUAAAAUUCUCCUGUUGCUACACAUUUGUAUUUUCUCCAGAGUACCAAAACGGAUAAAGAGCUUUUUUUUUUCCUCCAAACCCUUUUGGGGCCCUGUUUUCCCCAUCACAUUAAUGAGAGCAGAAAGACUUGAAGGUUCACAAGGAGCAUUUUUUUCUUACACUGUAUUUAGGGGAAAAAAAUGACUUUUGGGUCUUAUGGUGAUAAGUAACUUGUAAGUGCUUUUUAAACAAUGUCAUUUAAUUGUAAGUAGGUUAUGGCUCUCAUGAGGUUGCUUUUUAAAUUGAUCCCUUUUAAUUAUGAACUUUUGUGAUGUUCAUUUGCCAUAUAAGAAUUAUAUAAACUAUUUUAUCAGAAAUUAAAAGUGCUAAGUUUAUGUAGUUUCAAAAAGCAUUUUGAAACCCACUCAGAGGGAUACUAAUUAACAAGGACUGGUGGAUUUUCAGUACCUCUGUGAAUCUGAUGCUUUACUUUUUAUUCUUUUCCUCUCUUCUGGUCUGACUCAGAAUCAGAUAAUCUUAGAAUGCUGCUCAGAACUAUUUAUAGGGUCAUUAAAGGGAAGUAUUAUUGCUCUGUGACAAAUUUUACAAGAAAUCAUUACAUUCUCCAAGCUGCAUCAUGGAUAGCUAUUCUUUUUUACUAUUAAUAAGUAUUGCUUUUGACAUUUGAUCUGAAGAGAGAGGCCUCAGUUAUUCAGGCUGCUGAUGACAUAUGAUUGCUUUUCAUUUAUUCAUAUUUCUUUAAUAUGCCAAGAGGUGAAAAAUCCUCUCCAAUGUACACAGUUGCUCAUUUGGUUGAAAUUUGUGGUGUACCAAUAUAAAGAACAGUAACACUGACAUCCAUUUAUGAUUCCAUCUCUUGAUCUGUUAUUCAGCAUUUACCAACCAUGAGGCUGCACCCCCUUCAUUUCACCUCAGUGGCCUUUCAACAAUUUCAUCUUAAUCUGAAUUAGGAGCUCACUAUUAAAUUAAGAGGGAUUUGAAAAUAAAGCUUCUGCUUUAUCUGUGGGAUUGUUUUAUAUUAGAGUUUUCAUUUUUAUAAGCAAAAUUAUACAUGAAGUUGCUUUGGUUUAUUAAAAAGUUGUCUUUCAUUUUCUCCCCCUCGUUCUUUCAGGGUGUUAUUAAUGUUUAAUAUCUUGACAUAUCACAUCCUCAAGUUUUUCAAACAAAUGCUAAACAGGAAAUGAAAACUGCUUUUCUUGACAACUGAGUGCCAAAUAAGCUGCUACAAAUUAGUCUUUAAUGAAUCUCAUAUAAAUAUAUCUGUAUUUUGUCUUGCCAGUUGGUUUUCAUUUUGAUACCUGGAUGCAUGGACUGAGAAUUUCUACAACUGUGGACUUCCUUCCUAAUUCAUGAUGUGUAUUUAUUUCUGUUGUGUUAAUUUAAUUAGGUAGAAUCUAUGUUAGCAAGUUGAGAUAAGGAAGAGAACUAUUUAUAAAAACAUUUUUUAAAAAUAAUUAAAAUUUAUAGUUUUCUGCAGGUACUGCUAAAAUCUUAAGGGAUAUUAAAUAAAAAAUCCCAAACAACCAGAACCCC